CUAAGGCCCCGAGUUUAUUUUCCUGAGUCGCGCUUGGAAAUCUUUUCCUGGGAAGGUGAUAGCCCAAGUCCUAGAAACAGAACUGCUUGUCCUAGAAUAAUCUCUUUACGAGACGCGUUAGCCGGCGGAGGGACCGUGGAGACUGGCUGAGCAGGGAGCGGGGGGCAGGGAGAAAGGGAGUGGCCGCGUGCCCGCGGUCUGCCGGGAUCCCGCGGGGCCAGGCUGAGGGAGCCGGGGCUGGAGUGGCUGGAGCGACCGAUCGCUCCCGGUCGCCGUCUGCCACCUUGGUGCGGAAUCCGAGCCGGACUUGCGGAGCGCUCCUUCCCCUCCCCUUCUGCUUCCUUUUCCCUCCCCCAGGAGCGGCGGCGGCGGCAGGCAGGCAGCGGAGCCAGGCUGAGCGGCUCUGAGGCAAGCGGAGGAGCUGGGAUAUGGGGCGUCGGCGGGGGCGGAGGGGCCAGGAGCCCUCCGGAGGGCCUACGAUCGGAGCGGCCCCCGGCGUUUGCUAACGCGUGAGCCGUGGGGGAGCGGGCGCAGGGUGGCACGAGCGGAGGCGGAGGCGGGGCCCGGGCGUGGAGCACGGCUGGGAAAACUGCUGCCUCCGGCCCUGCCCCGCGGCUCCCACCUCCGCCGCGGCCGGUGGCUAUGGAGCUGGGGGGUACCCGACCUGGGGCGACAGAGCAUCCCCGACUCCGGCCGCCCAUGUCCUGGCUGCUGCCGCCGCCGCCUCUCCUGCUGCUACUGCUGCUGCCGGGCCCAGCGGCCUCCCAGCUGCGAUACUCGGUGCCGGAGGAGCAGGCGCCCGGCGCGCUGGUGGGCAACGUGGCUAACGCGCUGGGGCUGGAACUGCGGCGCUUGGGGCCCGGCUGCCUGCGCAUCAACCAUCUGGGUGCGCCCAGUCCGCGCUACCUGGAGCUGGACCUGACGAGCGGAGCGCUCUUCGUCAACGAGCGCAUUGACCGGGAGGCGCUGUGUGAGCAGCGGCCUCGCUGCCUGCUCAGCUUGGAGGUGCUGGCGCACAGCCCCGUAGCGGUGAGUGCCGUGGAGGUGGAGGUGCUGGACAUCAACGACAACUCGCCGCGCUUCCCGCGGCCCGACUACCGGCUUCAGGUGAGCGAGUCGGUGGCCCCUGGAGCGCGCUUUCACAUAGAGAGCGCGCAGGACCCCGACGUGGGCGCCAACUCGGUGCAGACCUACGAGCUCAGCCCCAGCGAGCACUUUGAGCUGGACCUGAAACCCCUGCAGGAGAACAGUAAGGUGCUGGAGCUGGUGCUGCGGAAGGGCCUGGACCGAGAGCAGGCCGUCUUGCACCACCUGAUUCUCACAGCUGUGGACGGUGGCAGUCCAGCCCGCUCGGGCACGGCACAGAUCUCCGUGCGUGUCCUGGACACUAAUGACAACUCUCCCACCUUCGACCAGUCCACUUACCGCGUCCAGCUUCGGGAGGACGCCCCGCCAGGCACGCUGGUGGUGAAGCUGAAUGCCUCGGACCCGGAUGAGGGUUCCAAUGGCGAGCUCAGGUACUCCUUGAGCAGCUACACGUCGGACCGGGAGAGGCAGCUCUUCAGCAUCGAUGCCAGCACUGGGGAAGUGCGGGUAAGUGGAGCGCUGGAUUAUGAGGAGGCCUCUUCCUACCAGAUCUAUGUGCAGGCGACUGACCAGGGUCCAGUGCCCAUGGUGGGUCACUGCAAAGUGUUGGUGGACAUUGUGGAUGUGAAUGACAAUGCACCAGAGGUAGUGCUCACGGACCUGUACAGCCCAGUGCCAGAGGACGCUGCAUCCAACACCGUUGUGGCCCUCCUCAGUGUCAAUGACCAAGACUCGGGCCUCAACCGGAAGGUGAGUCUGGGCCUGGAGGCCUCUCUGCCUUUCCGACUGAACGGCUUUGGAAACUCCUACACACUGGUGGUGAGCGGUCCGCUGGAUCGGGAGCGUGUGGCCGCCUACAACAUCACAGUGACGGCCACCGAUGGGGGAGUACCCCAGCUCACAUCCCAGCGGACGCUGCGGGUUGAGAUCUCUGACAUCAAUGACAACCCACCAAGCUUCCUCCAGGACUCCUACUCCAUCUACAUCGAGGAGAACAACUUGCCAGGGGUGUUGCUCUGCACUGUGCAAGCCACAGACCCAGAUGAGAAGGAGAAUGCGGAGGUGACCUACUCCCUCCUGGAGAGGGAGAUUCAAGGGCUGCCAGUCACCUCCUAUGUCUCCGUUAACAGUGCCAGUGGCAGCCUUUAUGCUGUCAACUCCUUUGACUAUGAGAAGUUUCGGGAGUUCUUUGUGACCGUGGAGGCCCAGGACAAGGGGAGUCCACCACUGAGCAGCACUGUGACCGCCAAUGUGUAUGUGGUGGACAUGAAUGACCAUGCCCCCCACAUCCUGUACCCUACCUCAACUAACUCUUCAGCAGCCAUUGAGAUGGUGCCUCGGACUGCCCCUGCUGGCUAUCUGGUCACCAAAGUCAUAGCCAUGGACUCAGACUCUGGCCAAAAUGCUUGGCUCUUUUACCAUCUGGCCCAGACUUCUGACGUGGACCUCUUCAAAGUCGAGCUACACACAGGAGAGAUUAGGACUACCAGGAAGAUGGGAGAUGAGAGUGGAACUACUUUCAACCUAACGGUGGUGGUCCGAGACAAUGGAGAGCCAUCACUGUCAUCCUCCGUGGCCAUUACAGUGGCUGUGGUGGACAGAGUCUCCAGAAUCCUCCCGGAUACUCAGAGACAUGUUAAGAGUCCGCGGACAUAUUCUGAAAUUACGCUCUACCUGAUAAUAGCAUUAAGCACAGUGUCUUUUAUAUUUCUUUUGACAAUCAUUGUUUUGAGCAUCAUCAAGUGCUACCGCUACACGGCAUACGGCACCGCGUGCUGUGGGGGCUUCUGUGGAGUGAGGGAGCGCUGCCCCGCCGAACUCAACAAACAGGCCAAUAACAAUAUCGAUGCCAGGUUACCCCAUGGCCUCAAAGUGCAGCCUCACUUCAUUGAAGUGCGAGGGAAUGGCUCCCUCACCAAGACCUACUGCUACAAGGCCUGUCUGACAGCAGGCUCAGGGAGUGACACUUUCAUGUUUUAUAACACAGGGGUGCAGACAGGACUGGGGCCUGGGGGAGCCCAAGCAGCCACGAGUGACAGCAGGCACCUCACAGGCCAAAGUGGGCAGAGUGCCGGGAACCUGAUUAUUCUCAAAAAUGAUGCUGUUUCUCAAAAUGAGACGUAUGAAGCCUUGACCAUAACAAUGUUGGAGAAAUAAGGAUUGGUCUUAAAUAUUUGAUGUUAAAACAGAGCUCUGCAGAGGGCUGGAACAGGCUUGAGAAUAAGAUGAUGCCAUACUGGGUAAUGUUUUGAGAUUCAAGGAGAAAUGGCCUCUGCUGUAUCAUCUAGAGGGAAAGUUCUCUUCGGAAGUACUCUAGGAGUGUUGGUUUUCAAAAAGCUCUGAGACCUCUACAGGUUGUGGUGGUCGACUCUGCAUGCUGUCCUUGUUUAUACCUUGAAAAUUAUCCAGUUACUAUUUCUGGUAAUUGCGCCGAACUGAUAUGAUAGGAUCUUCUGGCAAUUCAUGUCAGAGGUCCUGUAGACCAUGGAUCUCACCUUGCAGCCCAAGUGUGCUUUGGCUCAUUGAUAUGGUAAUUCUACUGUAGGGGGUACCUGAGGAAAUGAAGGAUGGUAAGGCGAAGAGACCAAGAACGGAUUUGUCUGAUUGGGCUACGGAGGUAUUAGAACAAGUGGACUGAGGAAGUGGGGAUGUGGUGGAUACCAGGACAAGCUGGAAUUGGGGAGAAGGAGAAAAGAACUCUCCUGUUUGUCACCUUUCUUGGCAUAGGGCACGUUCAUUGUAAUAUGAUGUCCCUGCAGUAGAUUAAAUGUAAUCUGUAAUCUCCUGACUUCCUGUGGACAGUUUCAAAGGUUUUAAUGAGAUGUGAAGUAGCCUCUCAAGUCCUUUCUAUCUUUGUUAAAUGACAGAACUUCAAGGAAUAGUCCAACAUAUUCCAAAGCACAUGUUCAUUUUCUGGAUCUAAGAUUUAGUUUGCAAUGGCUAGAAAAGCCUUGGAAAGUGGAUGGCUUGCUGUACAUCAAAGACAGGUGUUGAUAAAUGCACAGGUUUUAAGUUUUGUGUUUUAAAGAUUUAUUUAUUUAUUUGAGAGCGACAGAGAGGAUGAAGGUGGGGGGUUGGGGAGGAACAGAGGGAGAGAGAGUCCCAAGCUGACUCCAUGCUAAGCACUGAGCCUGACUCAGAACUCGAUCUCACAACCCUGAGAUCAUGACCUGAGCUGAAACCAAGAGUCGGACACUUAACUGAGUGUACCACCUAGCCGCCCCUUAAGUUUUAAGUAGGCAAAGGUCACUUGCUCAUUAUUAUGAAGAAGGUAUGUAAAUUACUGGAUGGUGCAUGAAUGUGUGGAUGCAUUUGGGUAGUGUGUCUCCAUAUGCAUGCUUGAAAAUAGAAAAUAGAGGUCUGCUUUGUGAUACUUUGAAGUUGUAUUUCAGAAACCAGAAUUUUGUUCCAUCCAUAGUGAUAAAUUGUUAUCAUCCCAAGCAACUACUUUGUAGCUAGGACUUUCAGAGGUACUACAAAAGGAAUUAAUAAUAUUUGUUCCUCCUAUAUUUUUGUGAUGUAUUUUCAUACAGUUUCAUAUUCUAAAUCCUCCUAAUCUUGAGGAAAGUAAUGCAUACAAUACAGAAUAAAGCCCAGAUGGAUAGAGUAUUUCCCACGUACAUUGUAAGUGGAUGUAUCAGAGAAGCCUGCUAGUCAAUAUUGAGCAACCACUGGAGGCCGAUUGCAGAUUAAGAACAGGGGGACAAAAUCAAGGAGUUUCCAGAAUUCUUUAGAUCAUCGCUUUUGGAGGCAUGUAAAAAGGCUCAGCUUUCAAUAAGGAUGCUGUAGACAUUUGCUUAACAUAUUCUUGUGAAGCCCCUCUGGGCCUGGGUGGGCUGCAGGUGGUGAAAAGGCUGGGAGAGCAUUGCUGCCAGCUGUGAGCUGGAAGCUCAGCUGAAGGACACUCUUCCCCUCCUCCAGGCUCAAAGCUUGGGGCAGUUUGAUACAUGAACUAUUUCUGUCUUACACUGACCUGUGUGUUAAUACGGACUUUGAUACACAAACCUUUAACUGAGGAGAAAAGUAUGUCAGAAAAGUGCUUGUUCCUGUGGGAUUUUGGCAGGAGAAUGAAUGCAUGAUUUUAAUCAAGGCAGAUUUCUGCCAGCCACGUUCAAAAGUCCGGUGAAGAGCCCUAAGAUCUCUAGCUCCUGAAAUUAUUACAGUUAGGAGGAGGGAGUGAGUCAGGUCAACAUGGCAGAAUGGAAGCAGAAGUCACUCAGCUCUGAAAGUCAUGACUGCUAGAUCAACUUAUUAAACUCCCAGGGUAGGCUUUCUCUUUUCCCUACCCAGUUAUUGCAGAUGACGGGGAAACUUCAUGCCGUGUGCUCACGUUAAAUGAGAUGAAGAUGAUAAAGGAUGAGUAAGGGAAUCUGCACUCAGUGACCACUAUGCUAUAUAAAAAUGUUCUGCUCUGUGAUAUAUGUGUGAUUUCAUUCCCUGUAAAUCAUACAUGAAAGAAACACUUACCAGCAUCUAGCAUAUAAGGAAAUAAGCUCAGAGAGGUUAAGUAACACACACAGUCAUUCUGUUAGUCUAUUUUCGGUCCUGCCUGUCUGAUUUCAAACAUUAUGCUGUUUCAAAUAGUAUGCGUAGACAGAAAUCCCAAUGUUUAUACUCCUUUUGUUAUGUGAUUAUCUGGCAUUUUGGCUACUACGUAUGGGUUCACCUAGUAGGGUAAAUUGACUGCUUUAGGAGAAAGAGUAAUUCCUUGCAUAAAAGUAGAUCACAGUCGGGAGGAUCAAUAUGUAAAAAUGUUACUAUCAAGCUGAUAUCUUUUUGUUUAUCUGCUUCACUUUGGCAUAGACUGUGGCGAUCUUUCAUCUCUGUUCUUUUUCUGAUUUCUCUUUUUUGCUUAUUAAAAAGCAUUUAACAUCAGAUUCUAAUCUUUUGAUAGAUUUUACCCCCAGUGAGCUGAUUUUAUGAGCCAUUUGUGCAAUGAGCUCUCUGAACUAACUUUUUGGCAAUGGGGCAGAAUUUCUCUUUGGAGAUUUCUGAAAACCUGAUAUUGAAUGUGGUUGGCGCCCCUUUCAGAGCCUCCAAGAAAAGGAAACCAAAUCUUAAAGUAGAUUCUGUGCCUUUGUGGUCCUGUGGCUCCUCAUGAGUCACUCUGAGUGCUCUGGGCAGAUAUGUCCAACUGUGCUUCUGUGGGAGCGGGUGGCAUAAGAUGUGGAAAUCACAAAACACUAGCAGAAAUCAGUUUGCUGCCAUUUAUUUUCAAGCGAUUUGUAGCCAUCGGAUCUUCUGUAUUUCUGUCACUGUUUAUACACUUGUACCCCUAACUGGAUGCAGUGAUUUGAAAGAGCUAAUUCUUCUUCUAGUGGCACCUAAUUUUUUCCCCUAGGACCAACCUUUCUAUCUGGUGACUCUGUCCUGUAUCAGAAUUUACACUUAGUGCAAAGGGACAUGGUGGUGAAUUCAUGAAACCUGUGUGAUGGUCAGAAUAGGCAAAGAAAUUCUAUCUGUGAAUUUCUAUUCCAGUGUUCCAUCCUCUCACGGCUGCUUUUGAGUGGUGGGCUACUUUGUUUUGCCAUUUCCAUAUUGGUUAUAGGACUGUUCUGAGAAAAGGUUCUCUUUGGUCUGGUAAUGUAAUAAUUUCUUCAAAUUACCUCCUUCCUUGCUUUUUCUGCAGAUCUGCUGAGCCAGAUGGAAUUAUGGCUGAGCUCUUCUCUGUCUCCUUAUCUUGCAAAUAUUCUGAUUGAUGAUGAAACCUAUUUAUUGUAGCUUGAAUGUCAUUGGCUUACCCUUUCCUCUGACCCAGGGGUGAGCUGUCACAUGGGCAUCUGGUCUACCUCCAACCACUGCAGGGACACAGCCUGGCAUAUUAUAAAUUGCCCAUUGGCAUGCUGUCUGCUUGACAGAAAAGCAGAGUCAGUUCUGGAUACUUGCCUUGGUUUGCCACCAAUUUCUGCUCUCAAUGAGAGGUUAGGAUGAUGUCAUUUCACAGAUAUUUGAGGAAAACUUGCCAUUACUGAGUCCAGAGGUUUCGAUGAAUUUAAUGGAGAUUUACAGGUGUCUUUGAACGUGACUUUUGUUAGGAAUUCACCUGGUUCAAACUUUCUGUGUAUAGUAAGUAUGAAUAUAAAUUUAGUUUGUCCAUAUGAUCAUAUUUUUAGCAUUAUAACCUAUAAUCAUGAUUUCAAAAAUCAAAGGGCAAGAGGAUUCCUUAGCAAAAUUUCAAAUCUGCUCACCUAAAAAUUA